CCUCUGACCCCCAGGGAUGGAACCAAGGUCCCAACGUGGGUUUUCUUUCCUAGAAGGGUUGCUGGGUUCUGAGGAGUUUCCCUCUCUGCAGCCCUGAGCUGGCAGUUGUGGCAGAGAACUGCUGGGCUUUGCUGAGCAGCGGUCGCAAUGCAGCUCCUAUGAGGCCCCUGCCGCCGGUCGGCGAUGUCCGGCUGGAGCUGUCCCCCCCGCCGCCGCUGCCGCUGCCGGCUGUGAGCGGGUCUCCAGUCAGCUCGUCCGGUCGUCUCAUGGCCUCUAGCAGCUCCCUGGUGCCCGACCGGCUGCGCCUGCCACUCUGCUUCCUGGGCGUCUUUGUCUGCUAUUUCUACUAUGGGAUCCUGCAGGAAAAGAUAACAAGAGGAAAGUAUGGAGAGGGAGGCAAGCAGGAGACGUUCACUUUUGCCUUAACUUUGGUCUUUAUCCAAUGUGUGAUCAAUGCUGUGUUUGCCAAGAUCUUGAUCCAGUUUUUUGACACUGCCAGGGUGGAUCGAACUCGGAGCUGGCUCUAUGCUGCCUGUUCUGUCUCCUAUGUGGGUGCCAUGGUCUCCAGCAACUCAGCACUACAGUUUGUCAACUACCCAACUCAGGUCCUUGGUAAAUCCUGCAAGCCAAUCCCAGUCAUGCUCCUUGGGGUGACCCUCUUGAGGAAGAAAUACCCACUGGCCAAGUACUUGUGUGUGUUGCUAAUUGUGGCUGGAGUGGCCCUUUUCAUGUACAAACCCAAGAAAGUAGUUGGGAUGGAAGAACACACAGUCGGCUAUGGAGAGCUACUCCUGCUGUUGUCUCUGACCCUGGAUGGACUAACAGGUGUUUCCCAGGACCACAUGCGGGCUCAUUACCAAACAGGCUCCAACCACAUGAUGUUGAACGUCAACCUUUGGUCAACAUUGCUGCUGGGAGCUGGGAUCCUGUUCACUGGGGAGUUCUGGGAGUUCUUGACCUUUGCUGAGCGGUACCCUUCCAUCAUCUAUAACAUCCUGCUCUUCGGCCUGACUAGUGCCCUGGGUCAGAACUUCAUUUUCAUGACGGUUGUGUAUUUCGGUCCCUUGACCUGCUCCAUCAUCACCACAACUCGAAAGUUCUUCACCAUCUUGGCCUCUGUGAUCCUCUUUGCCAACCCCAUCAGCUCCAUGCAGUGGGUGGGCACUGUGCUUGUGUUCCUGGGUCUUGGUCUUGAUGCCAAGUUUGGGAAAGGAGCCAAGAAGACAUCCCACUAGGAAGAGAGAGACUACCUCCACGUCGAGAAUACUUAAGUUAUUGUCUCAAACAGUGACAUCUCUUGGGAAAAGGGACUUCUUAGGAGUAAGGAUCUGAAUUCCAGUCUUUUUUAAAAAACAAAACCAAAAACAAACAACAAAAAAAAAGAAAAACAAAGGAAGCAAAAUCACAUAUUCUUAAAAAAAAAAGCACCACUUGGAUUUUAACAAGACAGAGUUGGCAGUUUUUGUCCUCGAUGCCCUGGAGCACAGUCUGUGGCAAAUAAAGAGAGAAGGAAGAGGCAGAGCUUGAUGCUCAGCACCCAAGCUGCUUCCCUCUCAGGUGUGGUUAACUUGGUUGGGUGGGUAAUUCCCCCAGAGCUUGUGCGGUAUAGGGAGGAACUUUAAGAGGUCAUAUAUUGUGCCAGCAGCCUGCGUUCCAGUGGGUGAGACUCCACAUAUGCUAAGGCAGGUGGCUGUCGGUCAGAGCCAGACAAUGUAAAAAUCACUUUAUUUCUUAAAGCUCUCGUGGGCAAAUAUUUCAUAAAAAACUGAAGAUA